GACAACAAAAUUUGCAAUACAAGACAAAUAAGAGUAGAAGGCUUAGUUAUGGUGUCUAGGAAUUUCAUCUGAACCACAAAAUCUAACAAUUUAACAUAACCUCUAAUUAAAAGAUGCUGCCUCUAAUAUUUCCCAAAAAGACAUCGAAAUUGUAUGGCUUCUACAACAUCUCCUCCAUCUCCAUUUUCUCUCUUCAUUGGAACCAGAAAUAAUGGUUAUUGGAAGAAGCAAGUCAGUAUCCUGAUACAAAACGCAGUGUCUAAGAGGAAAAAUCAUGUAAAACUCUGCGUUUUUGCCACAACCCAAGAAGCAGGAAAGCCACAAAGACCAGGUCCUGGAGUUGAUACAAGGAUUCAUUGGGAGAAUGAAGAUGAAGGAUGGAUUGGAGGGAACAAUUCUAAAGCUAAAGAACAACAGUUUAAAGAUGAAACUGAAGUUGAUCAAAACAGUUUUUUGGGUCAAAAGUUUUCUGAGUUGCUCCAUUCUUCUGAUUCUCAUUAUCAGUUCUUAGGAAUAAAACCAGAUGCUGAUUUAGAAGAGAUUAAAACAGCAUAUAGAAGAUUAUCAAAAGAAUACCACCCAGAUACAACUUCACUGCCAAUCAAAACAGCAUCAGAAAAGUUCAUGAGGCUACGUGAAAUCUACGAUGUUUUGAGUGAUGAAGAAAGCCGAAGAUUCUAUGAUUGGACGCUGGCACAAGAGGCAGCGAGUCGUCAGGCGGAGAAGCUGAGGAUGAAACUCGAAGAUCCUUACGAGCAAGAAGUUAUGAACUAUGAACCGGUACCUGAUCUGGUAGACAGGCUUGGUGGAAAAAAUAUAGAGCUCAGUGAUCAAGCUAUGACUGCUCUCACUUUUGAUGCUAUUAUUGUUGUCUUCUCUAUUUUUUGUAUUAUAUAUGCUGUAUUUUUUAAGGAGUACUAAUAGAUAUAUAUACAUCUUCUAUAUAUAGAAUAAAAUUGAAACUAGCAGAUUACAUAAAUGUUUUAUAAGAGUGUACAGAAAUGGUAUCUUUUAACACAAUUAUAUACAUACUUCAUAGACUACAAACAAUAUGCACCGAUUGUUUGGAACUAAUUCAACCAAAAGCUUAAACUGAUGGUUGAGGCACCGAAAUAUGUUAUAUUUUCUAA